AUGUUGCCCGUCGUUCUACUCUCCGCUCUUGUGGCCUCUGCCGCGGCCGCCAGCAACUACACGUUCCCCUCGGGCUUCGACCUGAACCAGGUGAACCCGACUACUAGAGCUUCCUGGUGUGUCGCGGAGCGGAACUCCUGCCCGAAGAUCUGCGGCGGAGUCGCAAACGCCAACUCCUGUGAUCCUCAAACCCUGGAUUUCACCUGCACUUGCUCCAACGGCACUGACGCCGACGUCUCGCCCUAUGAGCAGACUGUCCCUUAUUUUGUUUGCCAGGAGAACUAUGCUCAAUGUAUCCAGCGCUCCACGAGUCUGAAUGAUGAAGACAAGUGCAAGGACGAUCGCAAGGAAUGCGGUUCACUCAAUGCUACGGAGGGCUCAUCGUCCUCUUCGUCAACAACCAUGUCCACGACUUCCUUGCCCACCUCGACCGGUUCCUCCGCCAGCAGUAAUGGGCGCUCCACUGCGACGAGCACUAGCACCGGCGCGGCAGGUACCACGACCACCAAUGCUGCCGUGCGCAUGGCCCAGGAGCAUGCGAUGGGCUUAGUGGCGACGGUAUUUUUCGUAGCCCUUAGUCUCAGCCUGUAG